GGUCCCGGCGCGGGCUCUCCGGCCCCGGCCAUGUGGGACGGGCGGUUAGCUAGGGUUCCCCCAAGGGAGUUGGCUGUGCUGCUCUGCAGCAAAUCCAAUGCGUUUUACAGCCUUGGGAAAUGGAAUGAAGCAUUUCUCACUGCCAAGGAGUGUCUCCAGUGGGAUCCGACCUAUGUGAAGGGGUACUACCGAGCUGGUUAUUCCUUACUGCGGUUACUCCAACCUUAUGAAGCUGCUCGCAUGUUUUUUGAGGGUCUGCGACUUCUGCAGAACAGCCAAGACCAAGCCCAGAUUCCUAAUUUCCUUGUUGGCAUCUUCACCACGAUGAGCAGUGACUCCAUUGUUUUGCAGAGCUUUUUGCCCUGCUUUGAUCAUAUAUUCACAACUGGAUUUUCAACAGAAAUAUGGCAAUCUGUAAUAGAAAAGUUGGCAAGGAAAGGAUUAUGGCAUUCAUUUCUACUCUUGGCAGCAAAAAAAGACCGACUACCAGGAAAUAUCCACGUCCCUGACUUGUCAUUGAAAAGUCUCUUUCAGAAGUAUGUCUUCCUCGGGCUUUAUGAGAAAAUGGAGCAGGUACCCAAGUUAGUCCAGUGGCUCAUCUCCCUUGGUGCAAACAUUGAGACUAUAGGACCAUAUCCCCUUCAUGCCCUCAUGCAACUCUGCAUCCAAGCAGGAGAAAACCAACUUUUCAGGUGGUUAAUGGACUAUGAGCCUGAGUGGAAAGGCCGCAUCAACCAGCAGGAUGAUGAUGGCUGCACCAUUCUCCAUGUCGUGGCUGCUCACUCGCCAGGAUACCUCAUCAAGCGACAAACAGAGGAUGUGCAGAUGCUCCUCCACUUGGGGGCAGACCCCACUCUGCUGGAUCGACAGUCUAGGUCUGCUGUGGAUGUCCUCAAGAGAAAUAAGAACUUCAAAGCCAUUGAGAAAAUCAACAGUCACUUGGAAAAGCUGGCUACAAGUUCUAAGGACUUAUCAGAAAUUCCUCCUGACCUGCUCUGUGGGAUUAAUGAAGACUGUGCCAGCACCUUCAUCAAGUUAUUACUGAAAAAAAAGAAAUGGCCUGAAGUGCUGCUUCUGCUAACCCGCAAAAUACGUGGGGAAUCACCAUUUGGAGACUACUUCCUUAAGGACUGCAACCUCUCAGACCUUGACAUCUGUACCGUCAUCCCCCACCUCAGCACCUGGGACCAGCGGAAGACACAGCUCUUGGGCCUUCUAAUAGAUAGUGGAGCCUUGCCUGAAGGACUCCAGGAGAGCAAGGAGAGGCCGCUUCUUCUGUGCCUGAAAAAUGAGGACUUUGAAUUGGCUUUUGUUCUCUUGACCAAGGGUGCAGAUCCCCAUGAUAUUUCUCUCGUGGAAGGUGAUACUCCCUUGCAUGCAGCACUCCACAUUUUUCUAGAUAUCAAUGCUGACAUUGGUUUUAACUUCCUCAGCCACCUGCUGGAUCUAUUCUUGUCCAACCCAAUUGAAUUUUACUACCUUGACCCAAAUGUUCAGGACAGCAAUGGGAACACACUGAUGCACAUCAUCUUUCAGAAGGGUAUGCUGAAGCGUAUGAAAAAAUUAAUAGACCUGCUGGUGAGGUUCAAUAUCAACUUCAACCUGAAGAACAAAGAGGGCAAAGAUGUACGGCAUCGUAUUAAGAAGAAUGAUGCUCUCCUUGUGACCUGGAACAAAGCUCUGGAGGAGAGCAGGCGGAAGGGCCGACAAGACCCUACUGCUCACCUGGGGAGAUUCGCAAGGUCUUCUGCUCCUGGUCAUACAUCUCAGUUAAAGUCCCAAGAUUCCUUAAAGUCACUGUCGUGUGGCAUCACUAUGGGAACCCUCUCUGAAGAAGCCAAAGUCCCUGAUGCCCAGGUUAACAGGCAGGGACCUGGCGCCGCCAAGCCACACUCUCUGAGAGAUCACCUUGUACAAGACAUCACAAUUUUGAUGCAGCAGGUUGAACUUGGUAUGUCUUUCCCAGAGGACUAUCCUCAGUGCUCUGAGCCUCUGGAAGAAGAAGCUGGCAUGGAAGGAAAGAAAGACAAACUUCAACACACGCUGAGUAUGGGGAUCUCUGACUGUAGUGGGAGCAGUCCUGCUGUCUCUGAGGCAGGGGAAGGACAUGUGCAGGCAGGUCCAGGCACCUCACAGCUUGUUCCUGCUGGUAACAGAGGGAGGGUAGGUAAUGACGAUCAGGAUAGCUUGAGCAUGCAGGAAAUUGAGGCCUGCCUCCAGGACUUUGAUAAUAUGACCUGGGAAAUUGAGUGUACUUCAGAAAUGUUGAAGAAGUUGUCCAGUAAGGUUAUGACUAAAGUUAUAAAGAAGAAAACUAUCCUUGCCAUCCAGCAGCUAGGGAAUGGGGAAUGGACCCAGGGCCUGCAGAAGCGAUUAAAACACCUAAAAGGAAAUAUCCAGCUCUUUGAAGCUAAGUUAGACAAAGGAGCUAGGAUGCUGUGGGAGCUUGCCAUUGAUUUCUCCCCUCGAUGCAGUGAAAACCCAGAGAAAAUCAUUGCUCCAGAGCGGAGCACAUACUCUAUGGAAAAAUCAGGGAAGGUCUACACAGAAAUCAUCCGUAUCUGGGACAUUGUCUUAGAUCACUGCAAACUGUCAGAUGCUAUCAUGGCCAUCUGCAAUGCCUAUAACCGGGGCUUGUCUUGUGUUCUACGCAAGAAGCUAAAGGGUAUCAACAAAAGCCAAGUGUUAGCUAACAAGAAAGUCCAAAAACGUAUACCCCGCUGCUAUGUGGAGGACACAGAGGCAGAGAAGAGCAGGGAGUAUAAGGAUCCUGAGUAUUUUCCCCCAGCCAGUGCGGUGGAGACAGAGUAUAACAUCAUGAAGUUCCACAGCUUCAGCACCAACAUGGCCUUCAAUAUUCUCAAUGAUAUGACAGUGACAGUGGAGUACCCCUUCCGAGUGGGUGAGCUUGAGUAUGCAGUUAUUGACCUCAACCCCAAACCACUGGAACCUAUCAUCCUUAUUGGGCGGAGUGGUACUGGAAAGACAACUUGUUGCUUGUAUAGGUUGUGGAAGAAAUUCCACAUUUACUGGGAAAAAUCUGAACAGGCAGGAAGCCCAUUGCUUGCCAAACAAACCUGGCCAAACAAAAGGUUGGAACUAGGACCUAGAAAAGAUGGUGCCAUUAGGGAGGGAGAUGAGGAAGAAGAUGAGGAACAGAAAGGUUCAAAUGAAGUAGAAACAGUAGACAGCAUAGAGGAGAAGCAGGAGAGUGAAGCCUGUCCAGUGGGAGGCCAUGUGGAACCAGUGGGGGACAGCCAGGUGGCGGAGGGAUGUGUGCUGGAACAGCCUCAUCAGCUGGAGCAUUUGCAUCAGAUCUUUGUGACCAAGAACCAUGUCUUGUGCCAGGAGGUGCAAAGAAAUUUUAUUGAGCUUUCUAAGUCUACCAAGGCCACCUGUCACUACAAACCAUUAGAACCCAAUGUUCACAAACUCCAGGACCUAAAAGACGAGAACUUUCCUCUGUUUGUUACUUCCAAACAGUUGCUCCUCCUGCUUGAUGCCUCUCUUCCCAAACCAUUUUUUUUAAGAAAUGAAGAUGGAAGCUUGAAAAGAACCAUUGUAGGAUGGUCCACACAGGAAGAGCUGACCAUCUCCAAUUGGCAAGAAGAUGAAGAGGAGGUGGAGGCUGAUGGGGACUAUAGUGAGGAGGAUAAAGCUGUAGAAACACGUACAGGUGACAGUGAUCCCCGGGUAUAUGUUACAUUUGAGGUGUUCACCAAUGAGAUAUGGCCCAAAAUGACCAAAGGAAAAACCUCCUACAACCCUGCACUGAUUUGGAAAGAAAUAAAAUCUUUUCUGAAGGGUUCUUUUGAGGCCCUCAGCUGUCCGCAUGGGAGCCUAACUGAGGAAGCAUAUAAAAAACUAGGGAGAAAACGGUCCCCCAAUUUUAAGGAAGAUCGGAGUGAGAUCUACAGCCUCUUCUGUCUGUAUCAGCAGAUCAGGUCCCAGAAUGGUUAUUUUGAUGAAGAGGAUGUUCUGUACAACCUGUCCCAGAGGCUUUUGAAGCUUAAGGUGCUUCCCUGGUCCAUCCAUGAGCUCUAUGGUGAUGAGAUUCAGGACUUCACCCAAGCAGAGCUAGCACUGCUGAUGAAAUGCAUCAAUGAUCCCAAUGCUAUGUUCCUCACUGGAGACACAGCACAGAGCAUCAUGAAAGGUGUGGCCUUCCGCUUCAGUGAUCUGCGUUCUCUCUUCCACUAUGCCAGUAGAAGCACUGUAGAUAAGCAGUGUGUUGUCCGGAAGCCAAAGAAGAUCCACCAGCUGUAUCAGAACUACAGGUCUCACUCUGGCAUCCUCAAUUUGGCAUCUGGAGUGGUGGAUUUACUUCAGUUCUAUUUCCCAGAAUCUUUUGAUCGCCUUCCGAGAGAUUCUGGCCUCUUUGAUGGUCCCAAACCAACUGUUCUGGAGUCUUGUAGUGUAAGCGACUUAGCAAUUUUGCUAAGAGGAAACAAAAGGAAAACCCAGCCCAUUGAAUUUGGUGCCCACCAGGUAAUCCUAGUUGCCAAUGAAAUGGCGAAGGAGAAAAUUCCAGAAGAGCUGGGGUUAGCACUUGUGCUAACAGUUUAUGAAGCAAAAGGCUUGGAAUUUGAUGAUGUUCUCCUUUAUAACUUUUUUACUGAUUCUGAGGCUUACAAGGAAUGGAAGAUUAUAUCUUCGUUCACACCUUCAGCCUCUGACACCAGAGUUGGAAACCGGCCACUUAUUGAAGUGCCUCUGGAGAAGCUGAGCUCUCAGGCUCGGUCCCUCACAGUGAAUCCAGAAAUGUAUAAGCUUCUUAAUGGAGAACUGAAACAGCUGUAUACUGCUAUCACAAGGGCUCGAGUGAACCUCUGGAUCUUUGAUGAAAACCUGGAGAAACGAGCUCCUGCUUUCAAAUAUUUCAUUAGAAGAGGUUUUGUCCAAGUUGUGAAGACGGAUGAAAAUAAAGACUUUGAUGACAGCAUGUUUGUUAAGACCUCGACUCCUGAGGAGUGGAUUGCACAAGGAGAGUAUUAUGCCAAGCACCAGUGCUGGAAGGUUGCAGCCAAGUGUUACCAAAAAGGAGGUGCAUUUGAGAAGGAAAAGUUAGCCUUGGCCCAUAAUGCUGCCCUGAACAUGAAGUCCAAGAAGGUCAGCCCCAAGCAAAAACAGUUGGAAUAUUUGGGACUGGCUAAGACCUAUUUGGAAUGCAGUGAGCCAAUGCUGUCCCUCAAGUGUCUGAGCUACGCCAAGGAGUUUCAGCUCUCUGCUCAGCUGUGUGAGAGGCUGGGAAAGAUAAGAGAUGCGGCCUAUUUCUAUAAGCGAAGCCAGUGCUACAAAGAUGCUUUCAGAUGCUUUGAGCAGAUUCAGGAAUUUGAUCUAGCACUCAAAAUGUAUUGUCAAGAGGAACUUUUUGAGGAAGCUGCUAUUGCAGUGGAAAAAUAUGAGGAAAUGCUGAAGACCAAGACUCUUCCUAUUUCUAAGCUCUCCUAUUCUGCCAGUCAGUUCUAUGUGGAAGCUGCAGCUAAGUACUUGAGUUCAAAUAAGAUCAAAGAAAUGAUGGCUGUCCUCUCAAAGCUAGAUAUUGAAGAUCAGCUAGUGUUCCUAAAGUCUCAGAAAUGCCUAGCAGAAGCUGCAGACCUGCUGAACAAGGAAGGUCGGAGAGAGGAGGCUGCCUCGUUGAUGAAGCAGCAUGGUUGCCUCCUGGAGGCUGCCAGGCUCACUACUGACAAGGACUUCCAGGCCUCAUGUCUGCUGGGGGUUGCCCGCCUCAAUGUGGCCAGAGAUUCUGACAUAGAACAGACUAAGGCCAUUCUACAAGAAGCGCUUGAUCUCUGUUAUGAAACCAGCCAGUUUUCUGGCAUUGCAGAGGCCAAAUUCCUACAGGGAGUAAUCCUGAAAGACUUUCAGAAACUCAAAGAUGCCUUCCUCAGGUUUGAAACUCUCAACCACUCAGCUGGAGUUGUGGAAGCUCUUUACGAAGCAGCCAGACAGUGUGAAGCUGACCCUGAGAAAGUUCUUGCUCUGGCUCCAUGGGGCUUAGAAAUUCUUCUCAAUCUGGUCAAGGCCCUCAAGCGAGUGACUAACAAUGCAGAGAAGGAAAUGGUCAAAUCUUGCUUUGAAUUUUUUGGGAUUUCCCAGGUGGAUGGAAAAUAUUGCCAGAUAGCUCAGAAUGACCCUGGGCCCAUCUUAAGAAUAAUUUUUGACCUGGACUUGAAUUUGAAAGAGAAGACAACAAAAGACCAUUUCGUGGUAAUGAUUGAUCAAGUGAAAUUAGCCUUAAACAAACACCUUCUGAGCAGGCUGUGUCAGAUCACACAAAGUCUGCUUGGGAAGACAUACCCCGGCAUAUGCUUGAAGUUUAUUGUAGGCUUAAAAUGUGAAGAUAAAAACUGUGAAGACUUUCAUAGGCCUCUGCGGCGUUGUGAGGCCAAGUGUAUGGUUCAGUCCAAAAUGCAUCUGGUGGCCAUCAGUGGAUUGCUUUUGGAAGCCAAAAAUGUAUUCCCAAAAAUCCUAGCUGAAGAAUUGGAAGAAAUAGAUUAUAUUUUGUCUACAGAUAUAUAUGGCUUUUGCAAAUCUUUCCUAAAUGUCCUUUUCCCUAGGCAUUUCCAUCAGAGAGUACUGUCAGAAAACCCCAUGGCAUGCAAAGAAAUCCUCAAACCACAUUGCAAAUCCUUCCGGUCCUACAGGUUUGCCUUGAAAAAAUACAUCCAUGAUCUGUUUCAAAAUGAAACAGCAUGCAGCCGCCGGGAGUCCACAGAUUUGUGGCUUAGUGCCAUGCAGGCUUUCCUUCUCUCAUCCAGCUAUCCAGAGGAAUUUGAAAAGCUGCUCCACCAGGAAGAAGACAACUACAACAGAGAACUGAAAGCUCUAGAGUCUGAAAAAGAGGAAAGGGGCAGAGGAAAAAGUAGCAAGAUGAAAGGAAUAGAAGGGAAAUUUGGCAUGCUAGUGCCCAACAGGGAUGAUGAAAGUGCAGAGAAGACCCACCUGUGCUUCAUUCGGCUGCUAGAGAAUUCUAUUGACCAGUUCUAUGUGUAUAGGAAUCCAGAAGACUACAAGAAGCUCUUUUUCCGUUUCAUGAAUGUCCUCAUCCAGAGGUGCAAAGAGCCACUUAUCCCCAGCAUUGGAAACACAGUUGCCCUGUUGGAGUUCCAGUUUAUUCACUGCAGUGUGGUACUGGCCCGCCUCUGGAAGAAUGCUAUCCUGUGCCUCCCCAAGAGCUACAUUGCACUCCUGCACUAUUGGGGGUUCCUGUUCAGCAAAAAAGACAAGGAACUUGGGGAUAUGUUCUCCAUUAUCCAGGAAUAUAAACCGAAGGAUGUGACAAGAGCCAUUCAGGACUUCCGAUUCCACCUCUCUUACCUUGUCAAGGUGCUAUGUGGUUAUGAGAAUAUCAACUUCAAUGUUCUGCUUGAUGCCUUCAGUGAAAUAGACUAUGUGGUCUCAGGGGAGGCGGAGCGGACACUGGUGCUGUGCUUGGUAAUGCUGGUAAAUGCUGAGGAGUUCUUGCAGCCAUUCUGCAAGUCUCUUUUGUACCGCCAUUUUCAGGAGAUCGAGACAAGACUGGAAUUGAUGAGCAUGGACUGCCCUGACCAGGUUCCAGAGAGGCUUCAGAAGGCUGUGAGGCGGGUGGUGAUGGCGGUCAAUGUGAAGUUUGUGGCUGAAGCCCUGCAAGAGCUGCUCUUUGAGAGAGAUGAAGAAUACCUGAUGGACUGCCACUGGCGCUGGGACAGUGUGCACACCAAAGGGUCUGUGGUCCAUGGCCUCUGUCAUGAGGAGGUCAGACUAAGCCGCUUGCUCUGUGUUGGUCCUGAAGACUAUUUUGCUGAACCUGAGUAUGAGAUUGAUGAGGAUGAGACAGAUGAGCUGGUAUUGGAGGACCGAGACUAUCUCCUGGCCACCAUCCUUUCCCAGAAGCAGCGAAAGGCCUCCAUCCAACGCAAGUUGAGAAGAAUGUUCCUGGUGGUGUCUCUUUGUAUCAGCUGGAGGAGAUGGGUCCAGACAGAGCAUGACAGAGAAGAGCCAAGAGAGCCCACAGCUGGGAACUUUAAAAAGGCUGAUGUGGACAGGACCCAGUGUGAUCUGUGUGGAGUGAAAUUCACCCGCAGCCCUGAGAACUACUUCAGCUCCAGCAAAGUGUUUGAGGGAGUAGCUUCAGAGGGUGUGAUUCUUUCUAAGGCUGAGCUGGAAGGGAAGGAGCGUUGGGAGAGGAGUAGUGAGUCCUAUGAGCAGCACAUCCACCUAGAAAGCCAUCAGAGGCAACAAAUAGCUUACCAGAAAUACUCAGAAUUUUUCCAUGAGAAGGUUGACCCAGCCAUUUAUGAAGGUAAAUUAGUGGUGCAGGACAUUGAGCAGAGCAGAUGGAUCCGUAGUCACUUGGGGUCUAAAGAGCACAGCCACAUGCUGCAGAGGAAGGUCCAGGAGCACAUCAAGAGGGUUUCAGAUUUGGUGGAAGACCUCUACAGGAGAAAGGCCUGGGCUGAUGCGGAGGAGGCGAUGACUCGGCUGGUCAUGAUUCUGGUUGUGUCCGUCAAGGAUGCACAGGAGUGGUUGAUGAAAACAGAACUCCACUUAAAAGAGGAAGGUAUUGUUCAGGAUGAUGAUUAUGAAAAUGAAGUUGAAGACUUUGGGGAGCUCCGUCCAAGAAGGCGUUCACGGAAAUGUGGAAAGCAGAGAAAAUACUAAUGUCUGCACAGCUGCUGCCUCCCAAACCUUCAGAACAUUCCAUCUAGUCUUAGGAUUCUGAGUGCUGGGGCAGAAGAAGAAAAGGAUGUAAAUUAGUGUUUAAUAGAAAGACUAGGGGGAGUCCAAUAUCACCUUAGCUUUUUGUUCUUUCUUUCAAUGAUCCCUUAGGCUCUGAUUGCUCCUUCACCUGAGGGACCUCCUAAGUGUUUUCUCAGUAAAAUCUUGCAGUAGUAACCCCCCCAAAUAUGUUCAGGUUAGAGGAAUCUUAGUUGAAGGGAAUGUUAGAACUCCUCACCCCAAGUUCCCCAGGCUCUUUGACUCAUUGCCAUCAUAACAUGUAGGUAGCAGAGGACAAGCCAAUUAAGGUGACACCCCUCACCUCAGAGUUGCCAGUGCUCUGACCAGGAAAUUCCUUUAUAGAUUCCCACAUCUCUGCCACACUGCUGCAAUAGCAAGUAGUACAAAAGCUGUGUGUUCCCAGGGUCCUACCACCAGCCAUCCCUAAGUCCAGAGUGUAUUCUGGGCAUCUCUGAGCCUACUCAAUAGUGUAGUAUAGUUCUUUCUGUUACAUAUGUUAGUCUUUUCUCUCUAUGGCAACUUUCUCUUUGCCCUCCCGCUCUCCAUGGUUUGUUACCAUUCUCAGCUACCUGUGCAAGUCAGGUUAGACUACCUCAGAAUGUAACUCAGAAUUCACCUAGCAUCCUUUGGAAGGCCUUUCCCUCUAGGAGAGAGUAGCUGGGGGCAUUUCUAGUCUGCCUCUCCAAGGUGGUCUUAACUCUGCCUUGGCUAUGGUGCAUACUUUCCCAAAAAAGCGUUUUGUAUGAAGCCCUGUACAUCUAGAUUUCUUGGAUUUCCCUAGCAAGCUUGUCACCCAAGCUUAGGUUGACAUUUGAUGAUAGUGAGAUAGUGACCUACAGAAUUACAAUUUAGGAACAAGUAGACAAAGGAAGAAGCCAACCUUUCAGUGCCAGUUCUUCAGGAUUUGCCUAUGAAUCACUGCCAUGUGGCUGGUGGCCCUGUAAGAGGGGGUUGGCUGCAAGCCUGUUUGCAGGAGGCUGGUGAUUCCCCCUCUGUCCACUGAGCCAGCUGCCAUUUGGUCUGGUCCCAUUCAGGAAGCCUUCAUGCCUCUCUGAUGGUUACUGCCACUUUACCGUACUCUUUGGUGGUUUUGUCCUCAGAACAAACCAAUUUUUCUGCUGCUGCUUUUUGCUGCUUAUUGUUUUCUUUUUAUUGUAUAAGUGAUUCAUUUGCUUCAAAGUUUAUGUUUCUAGUUUUUAUGCCAGGUAUUUUUUUUAUAAAUUUUACUUGCCAGAAAAAAGGGAAAGAAAAAAAAGAACACAACGAAAUCUUGCUGUACUGCCACAUUUUUAUAAAGUUAAAUCAUUUCUCUUACAUGCUGCUGUCCUUUUGAUUCUUUCUGAUCUCAAAAAAGAGAAAAGGGGUACAUGUUAGGGCUGGGUUGGUCUAGUCAGCUGGUUGAUGCUGCAGAGCAGAAGCUUUCCGUGCCUGCUGAAAUGAAGAAACCCAGGGUCAGAAAAACAAAGCUCAGUGCUUUCUUUUUAGGGUCAGUGUUGUCAGUGUUGUCAAGUGCCAGCCACAUACACAUUAUUUCCAACUUGGGUACUUGUGAACAUGCAGGCUUCCUACCAUAUGGCUGGUCCACGGUUUUCCCCUAGGAAUGAGUAUUGCUCUGAAAUUGAAUCCCUCUUUUGCUCCUGAUGAAUCUGGGCUAAGUCAGAUAGGUAGAUGUCUCAGCACUGAGUGCAGCACCUCCUCUGGGGGACCUCAUCAUUUGGUGUGGACCACAUGCACACACACACCCAAAAAAAACCAGUAAUGGAAAGGUAUGUUGCAUAGAGGUGAUAGAAGCAUUUAUAUAACUAACCAGGCCUGUACUUUGCUGUGUGAGACAUUGGCCUUGCCACAAUUGGUCAAGAAACUGGUCUUGAUACAGAGUGAUUCUAUAAAUUGUUACCAUUUGAAUACU